AUGGAGAAAUUCAGACCAAUAAAGAUAGAAGAGCUGAUGUUAUUCGACGCUGUGCCUGCGGAAAAGAAAACUUCAGUCGAUAUCAGCGAUCGGUCCCGCGGGGAAACGUCUGUAACGAACGCCGUGAUUGAAGGCUCAACUGCUAUGAAUCCAAAACCGACAACAAAUACCACUGAUGAGAUUGUGACUACUGCAGCUUAUAAGAAAGUUAAAGCUUCUCGCACCAGUUGGAAACCUGGGAAGCGCCCUAGGAAACGAUGUUUUGCAUGUGAAAUCUGCAACAUAACAGUCAGCACACCUGAACGUUUGCAUCACCACAUGAGUGCUCAUACAGGAGACCGGAACUUCCAGUAUUGCCCGUAUAAGUGCCCGAAUUGCGAUAGAAAAUUAGAAACCUAUGCUCUUCUCGUAGAUCAUAGGCGCAUUCACAGCGAUGAGCGGCCCUUCGUAUGCGAGAUCUGUAACGCAUGUUACAAGCGACCUAAGGCUUUAAAGCGUCAUAUGCGGAAGAUCCACGAGGUCGAUCCCUAUCCACGAAACGUGGAAAGUUUGGAGCCAACUCGGACUGAUAACAACCGAACACACAACUGCGACAUAUGCGGCAAACAGUACAUAGAAAAGAGAUCACUUCGAUUGCAUCUGCUGCAUCAUCAGAGCACUGUUUUACCUCAGUGCGAAAUUUGCAAUAAAGGCUUCCGCUCCGUUUACAUUCUGAAGAAACAUCAGAAAACACACGAAACAAAACUCAGCUGCGAUGUGUGUGACAAAACGUUCACCAGAGUGUUCGCGCUAAAUGUUCAUAAGGGUCGUCAUGGAGGAGAGAGGAAACUGAAAUGUGAAAUAUGUGGCAAAGCGUUUUUCCAUAGGACACCAUUAGGGAAACAUCUUAAAACUCACAGCGGAAAGCUGCCCCAGUUUGUGAUUAAUGAAAAAUAA